GCUGAGGGGAGGACAUGGCGUGGGUGUAACUGAAGACAAGUGAGAGCGGGAGCAAGGAGGAAAGAAGCAGUCCAGACGUGACUCAUCGUCACCCUGCAACAGCUAGCGCGAGGUACUAAUCCUGCUGUGAACAAGAGAAAAAGAGCAGGCUUGCUCGACCAGGAUGUUCGAAGGCCUCAGGAUGACGAUGCUUCCAUCGUCCAUUUACUGGUCGUCAGAGGCGGGCGUCGUAGGUGAGUUUUGUGAUGCGGUUUUGGGAACAAAUGAGAGGUAGAAGAUGGGUUCGGAGGAUUUUGUGCGGCAAAUUAGUGUGCCAAGCAUCGUCCACCAGCACUCGUUUGAUGGUUUACUAACAUCGAUGGUAGAUGGAGUUUCUACCGGGGAACGCCAUGAUGCGAUGCGAUUGCUCAAAGGCACAUGGAUGAGCCCAGUUGACUCUUCCUCUUACUCUGGUGCGUUGAAAUGCUUCAGCGGCAGUGUCGAUGAGAAAUAUGCCUGCUGGAAUAAGAAAAGCGCAUGAGGGGACCUUGUACAGAAAUAUUUUCGACCAGGGAGGAUGUUACAGCGGAUAUUGAAUGUUGAUUGCAGUAUUGAAAAUUCAAUUUGAACGAUUUAGAAACAUGAUCUUGAAAGUCUUGGAGCCAAUUUCAUACUUUACUUCUCUUAAUCAGACUUUUUGUCAACGU